AUGCACCAUCGUGUUCUUAGGAAAGGCAUGAGCAUGAGGGUGGAAGAAGUCCUUCACAUGGUUGGAGGGGCUGGGGAAACCAGCUAUGCCUCCAAUUCUAAGUUUCAGGAGAAGGCACUUCUCUUGACGAAGCCAGUGCUGGACGAUGCAAUAGGAGGGGUUUACAAGUCGCUACACCCUGCGAAGAUGGUGGUCGCCGGCUUAGGUUGCUCCUCGGGCCCCAUCACUUUCGUGGUGAUGUCCGUGGUGCUCGACGUCGUCAGCGACCUACGACGAAGUCUGCAGGAACGUCAGGAGCCACCGGAGAUCCAGUUCUUCUUAAAUGACCUUCCGGGGAACGACUUCAAUCACGUUUUCCGGUCUCUGGGCGAGUACAAGAGGAAGGUCGAGCAAGAGAAGGGGAAUCUGCUGGUGCCCUACUACGUGGUGGGAGUGCCGGGCUCCUUCUACGGCAGGCUUUUCCCACGUCGGAGCGUCCACUUCUUCCAUUGUUCUGGAUCUCUCAACUGGCUCUCUCAGGUUGACCUCCUCUUAAACGGUAGUAUACGAAGCAGUCGAUACUGCUGUCUGAUAGCUUAUUCUAGCUAUCCUGAAACGUCAGGUUCCUCAAGGACUCGACACCGAACGGGGUGCCUCACUCAACAACAAGAACAUCUACAUUACAGAGACAAGCCCACCGGAGGUUGUGAAAGCAUAUCAACAGCAAUUCCGAAGAGACCUUUCAGAAUUUCUCAGGUGUCGGCAUGCAGAACUCUGCUACGAAGGCAGACUGGUGAUUUCAUUUGGAGGCAGGAAAAGGGAAUGAUAGAGGAGGACAAACUGGUAACCUUCAAUCUGCCACGUUAUGCGCCUUCCGUGGAAGAAGUGAAGGCAGUCAUCCAUGGUGAUGGUCUGUUCGAUGUAGAAGAAGCACAAGCACUAGACAUUUCGUCGAACACCCUUUUGAGUGUUGUUGCGAGUUGCACCAAAGAGCGCUGUCCUCCUUGGGCAGUAAACCACCAUCUUGUAGACUAUAUACAGAGUCCGGGGGCUCAAAACUUAGCAUUCCAAGCACCACAAGCACUUAGAAGAAGAGAGAGACAUCCACUUGAUUGCAUUCAAGUAGACUAA